AUGGGCUCCAAAGACUCGUCAGGGUCAACCGACGGCUCCCACGACGCCACCAUGAGCGCCGGCAGCACCGUGGUCGCAACACCGGGCGCGCCAGGCCACAACCGCUCGGCCCAGCAGGACGUCUACGCCAACCCCGACCCGGCCCUGGACAUCUCCAACGAGCACCACCACCCGCACGUCCACCACGGCCAGACGGCGGUGCCGGACGAGAAGGACGACAUAGUCUUUGCCAAGAGCUCCGACAAGUACACCGGGGACCCGGCCUCGGCGCCUGACUACAAGGUGCGCCAGAUGGGGUCCAACGAGGACGAGGAGAGCGGCCGCGUCGGCAACAUCGAGGACGAGGACGAGGGCGGGCCGGCCAAGAAGUGGUCGUUCCGGUGGUUUUACAGGAAGUUCAAGCCCUACAUCCACCUUGCCAUCUGGGCAGUCUGGACCGCCUGGUGGAUCUACGGCCUCGUCUUCCACCGCAACGACAGGAACCUCGGCUGGCUCAAGCCGACGCUGGUGUACAUCGCCAUCACCAUCCGCAUCAUCACGCUCUGGGUGCCCGUGUCGGUGGUCAUGAACCCGACAAAGGCCGUCUACCGCCACACGCUGUACCGCGGGUACGAGGCCAUCCCGGCCAAGCUGCACAAGCCGCUGGCCGCCCUCGUCACCGUCGCCGUCUUCCUCAUCGGCUCCAUGGUCCCCGCCGAGACGGGCGAGAACACGCGCGCCAACCGGGCCGUCUCGCUGUUCGGCCUGGUCGUCAUGAUCGCCGUUCUGACGGCCACCUCGCGCGACUGGCGCAAGAUCCCGUGGCACACCGUCAUCGGCGGCAUGCUGACCCAGUUCGUCAUCGCCGUCUUCGUGCUGCGCACCCAGGCCGGCUACGACAUCUUCGCCUUCAUCUCCGAGAUGGCGCGCACGCUGCUGGGCUUCGCGGCCGACGGCGUCGAGUUCCUGACGGACGACACGGUGACGGCGCUGACGUGGUUCCUGACGGGCGUCGUGCCGCCCAUCAUCUUCUUCGUCGCCCUCGUCCAGCUGCUGUACCACGUCGGGCUGAUCCAGUGGUUCGUCGGCAAGUUCGCCACCUUCUUCUUCUGGACCCUGCGCGUGUCGGGCGCCGAGGCCGUCGUCGCCGCCGCCACCCCCUUCAUCGGCCAGGGCGAGAGCGCCAUGCUGAUCAGGCCCUUCGUGCCGCACCUGACCCUCGCCGAGAUCCACCAGGUCAUGACCUGCGGCUUCGCCACCAUCGCCGGCUCCGUGCUGGUCGCCUACAUCGGGCUGGGCCUCAACGCCCAGGCCCUCGUGUCCUCCUGCAUCAUGUCCAUCCCGGCCUCGCUCGCCGUGUCCAAGAUGCGCUACCCGGAGAUCGAGGAGACGCUCACCUCGGGCCGCGUCGUCGUCCCCGAGGACCAGGAGCACAAGGCCUCCAACUCGCUGCACGCCUUCGCCAACGGCGCCUGGCUGGGCAUCAAGAUCGCAGGCAUGAUCAUCGCCACCCUGCUGUGCAUCAUCGCCUUCGUCGCCCUCAUCAACGGCUUCCUCUCCUGGUGGGGCCGCUACUGGAGCAUCGACGGCCCCCCGCUGACCCUCCAGCUCAUCCUCGGCUACAUCCUCUGGCCCGUCGCCUGGCUGCUCGGCGUCCCCGUCAAGGACGUCUACAACGUCGCCCAGCUCAUCGGCAUGAAGAUCAUCACCAACGAGUUCGUCGCCUUCAAGAACCUCAUCAGCGAGAAGCCCUUCAUCGACAUGGCAGACCGCUCGAAGCUCAUCGCGACCUAUGCCUGCUGCGGCUUCGGAAACAUUGGCUCCCUCGGAACUCAGAUCGGUGUCCUGUCGCAGAUCGCCCCGGGCCGGGCUGGCGACGUCUCCAAGGUCGCGCUGUCCGCCCUGUUCUCCGGGGUCCUGGCGACGCUGACCUCGGCCAGCGUUGCCGGCAUGCUGUUCACUGACGGCGUGGCUGGUGCUUAG